CACCCAUACCAUACCAUGAUUAUUGCGGUGACACGAUAGAUGUCAUCAUCACUACUACUACCAUCACCGCCACUGAGAGCACUGUGUAGUGUAUAUUAAAAACACACGACAUAUACACAUACCAUACCCUAUCAUACAUACCAAGGCAGUCGGAUAUCAUCGGUGGACAGUUAGUUUUUUUUUUUUAGUUGUUGGGAUUACCAUAUUUGAUAUUUAUUUUUUUCAUCGACUAUUUAUAAGAUCCAACCAUCCAUUUGAUUGCGAUCUCAGUGUUUUAAUAAUAGACAACAAUGUCUGAGAGCGAAAGUGUGGGAGCCGGCCGUUCCCGUGGACGUGCCCGAGGACGACCCGUAGCAGUAGCCGAAACUGGCCCGACAGCAGGUGCCGAGGGAGGAGGAGCAGCCGAAGGUGGCGGUAAUGGAGGAAACGGCGGCGGUAAUGGAGGUAAUGGUGGCAAUGGUGAUGGAAACGGAGGCGCUUCACGACGUGGUCGCGGCGGUUUUCGCGGUACCGAAACUAUUAACACUAUACCGCCGACUGUCAAGAUUACGCACGGCGAAGGUGGUCAACAAGUCAGGGUAGUGGCCAACUAUUUUCGUCUGCACACACCCAAGGAUGUGAUUAUCUAUGACUAUCACGUGGACUUUGAGCCGCAAGUCGAGGCCCGUGUUAUGCGCAAAGCGCUGCUGUUUACCCAUAAGGAGGCGUUCAACAAUAAGCUGACGUUUGACGGUAUGUCCAAUAUUAAGUCCACUACAAAAUUGGCCACCGAAGAGACGGAGUUUUUCUCUACCCGACGUACAGAUGACGCACAGAUCAGGAUUAAAGUGAAAAUGGUCGGCGAGAUUGCAUGGGGUCAUCAGGAAAUGUUACGCAUGUAUAACAUACAGAUGCGCCGCAAUUUGCAUCUAUUGAAGUGGAAUCUGAUUGGCCGACACUAUUUCAAUCCGGAUAUCUCGCAUAAGAUACCCGAACAUAAACUGGAAGUAUUACAGGGUGUCCUCACUGCCAUCAACCAGCACGACGAUGGCCUGUUGCUGGUUACCGAUACCGUACACAAAGUACUCCGUAUGGAUACUGUAGCCGAAAAUCUACGCGAUAUACUCAACAGAGAUCGAUCGUCGUUUCAGGACAAUGCCCGCAAAGAGUUGGCCGGCAAUAUCGUAAUGACAACCUAUAACAACAAGACCUACAAAGUCGAUGAUCUGGCUUUCGACAAAAAUCCGACCACACUGUUCAAGUUCAAGACCAAUGAGAUGCCAAUUCACGAAUACUAUAAACAACAUUAUAAUAUCGAAAUUCGUGACCUCCGACAGCCGCUAAUUGUCGGCCUACCCACCGAACGCCAACAACGUGCCGGUACUGAAGGACCGAUUUAUUUGAUACCCGAACUGUGCCGUAUGACUGGCCUAUCGGAAACGUUGCGCAGCGAUUUCAAUGUCCGCCGAUCGAUGACACAGAAAACCCAAACGGAUCCGACUACUCGAGUGAAGAAUUUGCAUCAGUUUAUCAGUCGUAUAGCCAACGACGCUACCAUUCAACAGGAGAUGAACCAAUGGGGACUGAAAUUUGAAUCGGUUCCCGUCGAGAUCAAUGCCCGCCGAUUGGAUUGCGAAAAGAUUCUCAUGCAAGGAGACACACCCCAAACUGGGGCAACGUUUAUCCAGAAAACGGGUGACUUUUCGAAAGAAAUUCGCAACAAGAGUAUGUUCGGCGGCUGUCGGGUCCAGGAUUGGGUUAUUAUUGCUACUCAGCGCGAUCGGCAACUGGUCGACGAGUUUUCCCAGACCUUGAACCGCGUUUGCCGACCGUUGGGCAUACAGCUUAACCGACCCCAAGUCCAGCAUCUGGAAAACGAUCGCAUACCUACCUAUGUUGAGGCUUGCAAAGCACUGGAACCUAAGACCCAGAUAGCCGUCAUACUGUUGCCCAACAAUAGUAAGGACCGAUACGAUGCUAUCAAAAAGAUCUUCUGUAUCGAUCAUCCCAUACCAUCUCAAUGUGUUGUCACGAAAACAUUGUCUAAAAAACAGAUGUUGAUGUCUGUUUGUACGAAAGUCGGUAUACAAAUGGGUGCCAAACUCGGUGGCGAACCCUGGGCUCUGGAUAUACCUCCUAAAGACUUGAUGGUGGCCGGCUUUGACGUACAUCGAGAUCAGGCCUCACGUGGCAAAGCAAUUGGCGGUUUUGUUUGCAGUACUAACGCCACACUAACCAAAUGGUAUUCACGGGUGGCGUUUCACGACAAUCGCGAAGAAUUAUCGAGCAAUUUGGCCACUAAUUUCUCGAACGGUCUGAAACGUUACUACGAGAUCAAUAAGAAGUUACCGCAGAGACUGAUCAUCUACAGAGAUGGUGUCGGCGAAGGCGACAUUCAGUAUGUGUACGAAUAUGAACUCAAACAGAUCGAGGAGGCGAUCCAGAAGAUUGGAUCGGCCGCUGCCGGCAUUAAACUGGCCUUUGUUAUUGUCACCAAACGUAUCAACACUCGUAUUAUGCAGAAAUUGGGUGAACGCCAGUUUGACAACCCAUUCCCGGGAACCAUUGUCGACACUUGUGUCACACGUAAGGAACGUUACGAUUUCUAUUUGAUAUCGCAAUCGGUACGCCAGGGAACAGUAGCCCCAACUAUGUAUAACAUUAUCAAAGACGAUACCAACUGGAAACCACAUCAUCACCAACAGUUGGCCUACAAGUUGACACACUUGUACUACAAUUGGGUGGGAACUAUACGUGUACCGGCACCCUGUCAAUACGCCCACAAAUUGGCCUUCCUAACGGGUACAGCCUUGCAUCGGGAGCCCAAUGUUGCCCUAUCGGACAGUUUGUUUUACUUGUAAAACAAACCAAAACAAACAUUAUUAUCACAUUAUAACCAACCAUUAUAUACAUACAUAUAUAAACUGUUGACCAUUUGGACACCACAUUCACUGUUUUUUUUUAAAAAAAAACAACAAAACUAUUUGAUCAUAAAAAUCAUAAAUCUAUAUAUAUAUUAUA